AUGUUGGAGGAGCCGAGUGUCGCCCCCGCCGCAUCCCUUGGGGGGGGAGACCCCAACGCCAGCAAGCCCCCCUCCCUUAUCUGCCCGCUGUGCCGGAGGGCCUUCGCCGGGAAGAACCGCCGCCAGCACCUCGAGCACCACAUCUACACCCACACGGGCGAGAAGCCCUUCGCCUGCCUGUACUGCCCCUACCGCUCCAGCCGGAAGGACACGCUGCUCAGCCACCUCAGGAAGUGGCACCCGCACCACCAGAAGGACAGGCCUCUUCCCCGGCAGGUGAGGGCGGCGGCGGAGGGCGUGCCACUGGAGGGGAGUGUUGCCGGGGCAGGCGACCACCCAGUCGGGGGCGCCAACCAGUACCACCCGUGCUCAGUUUGCGGUAGACUCUUCAACCGAGCGUAUAACCUGAAGAAGCACCUGCUCACUCACACGGGAGAGAAGCCCUUUACGUGCAUGUUCUGCCCCUACCGCGCCGCGCUCAAGGGCAACGUCACCAAGCACAUGCAGGCGCGCCACCUGGACCGCCUCGCGCCGCCUCCGCACGCGGCCCUAUGAGGCGAGGCGCCGCCCGGGGUCGCACCGCC